CAAAAAUAUCAUGCGUAGAUUUUUUCCAAUUCGCCAACUUCACAAACACAACACUUGUCUGUUCUUACGUAAAUUUUGUGUAUUAAAAUUUUAUUUUAUAAGCGUACAGUGGCAUAAUUCGAUCAAUUAGUUUAUGUUCUGUGAAAGCUUGUAAUCAUGCAGGCUAUUAAAGCGCUGGGAGCGACGGCUCCUAAGGCUCUUUCUGUAGUGAAGAAAGGUGCAUUUGCUCCCAUCGUAGACCAAGUCCGUCAAACUCAUAUGCCUGUUCCGAACCCGAACGAGAAGCGCCCAUACUCUCCUUUCCAAGAUGCUAGUAACUUGGCAGAGAUUGCUGUCGCCAGGUUGGACGAUCUCCUAAACUGGGGUAGAAAGGGCUCAAUUUGGCCCAUGACCUUUGGUUUAGCUUGCUGUGCCGUGGAAAUGAUGCACAUCGCCGCUCCUCGCUAUGACAUGGACAGAUAUGGUGUUGUGUUCCGUGCAUCUCCUCGCCAGUCUGAUGUCAUGAUUGUCGCAGGGACCUUGACUAACAAGAUGGCACCAGCUCUUAGGAAAGUAUAUGACCAGAUGCCUGAUCCCAGAUGGGUCAUCUCCAUGGGAAGCUGUGCCAAUGGCGGUGGAUAUUAUCACUACUCCUACUCUGUUGUAAGGGGUUGUGAUAGAAUCGUACCCGUCGACAUCUACGUACCCGGAUGCCCGCCGUCAGCAGAAGCCCUACUUUAUGGUGUACUCCAAUUGCAAAAGAAAGUCAAGAGAAUGAAAACUAUUCAAAUCUGGUACAGGAAGUGAAGAAUUCUAUUAAAUACAUUGUGGUUAAAUCAGAACAUAGACAAUUUUUUAUUUAUAUGUACAUAAUCUCUUGUCGCAGUAAAUACAUAGUGUAGUUGCAGCAGUAA